GGUGCUCAAAUCCCAGUUACUUAUAAGGUUGUCCCGUUAGCCUGCAAGACAAAAUCCAGGAGCUUCGGCUGCCACCCCACCACCCUGGCACCCAUUAAUUUUGGUUCCUUUCCCAGAGCACCCAGGAAUCUUGUCUCUCUGCACCCUUGUCUCAAACUGUAUUAUCUAGGAGGCGCUAAUACCUACUCCCAAAAACUUUCCUCGGACCAACUAACCACUGCCUCUCUCCCAGAGAACGCAGGAGAGAACCUGUCUCCCCAAAACGCAGGUGUAACCAAGAGACGCGGGUUGCGUCCUCCUCGCAUCAUGUCCUCGCUCCUUUUCCUGGCACUGCUGGCGUUUCUCUGGUUCUCACAAGGCUCUGGACAAGUGGGAGUCAGGAAUCUGACCGACCCCAAAUGUCCACUGCGGAAAAAGAAUUUUACAAUGCUGACAGGGCAGACGUGCCAGAAGAACUGUGAGCGCCGCAGGUGCUCUAAAAGCAGGAAGUGUGAAUGUGACGGGGAAUGUGGAAUGAGCUGCAUUUCUACAGGCUUGAGGUGUGCAUGGCCGGUGACAAUUGACAAUGCUGAGACACAACUGCUCCAGGAAUCCAGUAUGUUUGGGGACUUAAUGGAGGUGACAUGCAAGCCUGGAUUUAUAAAGGCUGAUGGGCAGGAAGUGGCAAUAAGUCGCUGCCAAGGAGAUGCGAAGUGGAGCUUCACUUUACCCUGUGAAGAUAUUCUUAACCCACCAUCCCACUGCAAAUCUCCACCAGAGAUCGAAAAUGGAUCCCAUGAAGGGGGCCCUUACAACACAGGCAGGGAAGUGCACUACUGGUGUGACUAUGGAUAUCGCCUAGAGGGACGCAGCUCUCUUUUAUGCCAAGAGAAUGAGGAGUGGUCACAUGCAGCCCCAACCUGCCACCCUGUGACCUGUUCCCGACCCCCCAAUAUUGCUGAAGCAACCCUGGUUGCUGUGCACCAGUCUGAAUACCCCGUGGGAACUGUCAUCUAUUACUUGUGUAACAAGGACUUCCUCUUAGAUGGCUCUAACAGAGUGGUUUGCCUGGAGAAUGGAAACUGGUCCCAACUACCCUACUGCAGAGCCCGUUGUCCCAUCACUGCCAAGAGGAGCCGGAUGAUAUACCAAGGGCGUAAGCUCUGGGUCUAUGAGAUCCCUGGGGGUCUGGUCCAUCAUGGAGAAAUUGUCACGUUUUUCUGCCGUAGUGAGAACAAGACCUGCAGUUUUACGGCUGACAGCCAGUGUUUCGAUGGUGUGUUGAAGAUGCCUGACUGCUAUGAUGAGCCUACCUAUCUGCAAUACCACCUGUUCCCCAAAAGAGUUGUAUCUGAAAUACCUGCUUGUUGAGCACGCCUUCAACCCAUACAUUCCCCAAUGAGAUGCUUGCUUCUCUUCUUGUUCUGGCUCAGGAGGCCUCUUGGAAGUGCGGAAAAGACAGAUGGAAAAGAGGCAAUCAACACAAGCAAAUAGGAAAUCAUCCACAUUUGAAACAGAGAUCGGGCCUGGGAAUCUAAGUAUCCUGAUGGCCAACAGCUAGCUAUUUUAUUGUACUCUAUUUAUUUUCUAUCUUUGUUGCUCCCCAGAUGAGCACAGAGAUCCCUUUUAGGUCAUAAAAACAUGCAAGUCAAUUUCCUAUGUACCCCUUGUUUUUCUCCAUUCGUCAAGCUGUAUGGCUGGAUUGACAAAUCAGUGCCAACAUGAUACCACUGGAGGGCUUUUUAAACAUGAAGGCAGUUUCAUGCAGUAGUUUUAUAUAGUGUGUCAAGCAUUCAGUACACACAAAUUAAUUGCAGGGACCCUACCAAUAGCCCUGGAAGAUGAGAUUUGAAUUAUCCAUAUACCGUAUACGAGGGAACGGCUGAGUCUGAGUAAACAGUGAAUUGCUAAAUUUACCCAAAGGGUAUAUGUGGCUCAAGGAAGUUAAUUUGUACCAAGGACUUCUGCUCUUAUAUUGCAGUUCAUAUCUUACGAAUUAUGCUACACCAGCUUUCUGUAUGCUUAGAAAAUAUUCCUCCACCACAAAAGGGAUUGUAUUCAAGUAAAUUAAAAAGGGGGAAGGAAAAGAGUUUAAAGUUGCAAUCUUAUGCGUUCUUACUUGGAGUAAACAUAAAUUAACUUGAUGAGGAAGGCUUACAAUGCAGUCCUAUACAUCUCAUCAGAAGUAUGUCCCAUUGAGUUGCAUGGAGCUUACUCCCAGGGAAGCUGGUGUAGAACUGCAGCCUUCUUUCUUACAACUCAUUCACAGAAUUGAGCUGUGCAACAGGCAAAGAUACUGAACAUAGCCUCAGAUUGGUGGUGCUACAGGAAGCAAGCUGGAGCCAAUCGUAACAAUGGGCAGGUGCAACAUUCGUCCCAGGCCCCCAAGGCCUUGUGACAUGGGGCUGUGUAUGAAGAGAAUGGAAACAUAAGGCAGCUGAAAAACAAGCCUGGAAUGAGGUUUACAGCUUAUGCUACUGGAUACUCGUGUAAAUUGAUUUGUACAUAAUAAACUGCACUUGUUAUACAACAGUGUGAACUUGUGCUCACCAUGCAACAGAGAGAAACAAAACAGAUGGUUUUAGAGUUGUCACUCUUUCUAGCAGGGUUUUUCCACAGAUGAAAUUAGGGGCAUCCCCAUCACUUGGGUGGUUGGCACUGAAACUCCUUAAUGUAAGCAAACCUUGGCUCCCAUCCACAGUGGCUUCCCACCAUGUUUUGUUAACCUGGGGUGUCAUUAACUGGGACCCCAGUGAAUGUCAUGACUUGAGACCCACUGGGGUCAACACGGCAGGCAUUUCUGAUCAUACAUUGCUUUCACAGCACUAAUAUGUCUGCUCUAAAUCAGUUUCUAAUUCAAUAGUUUACAGUCUGCUAUCAGCAGCUAGCAGGACACCCAGAAGAGCUUGUGCCGGUUCGGAAUGCAGGGAAUUCACAACAAAUUCAGAUUUUACCAUUCUACCGGACUACAAAUGUAGCCCAUACCGCUCUAACUAGGGCA